UUAGUGAGUUAAAUAGAUAUGUCGUUCGUGUAGGCAAUGAGUAGCAGACUAGCAGUCUGAUGCAAAACAUUUUGAUUUUAAUUUUCGUUCUUCAAGUUCGGUUUAAUAUGUAUUGAUAAGAGUAUUUAUAUGAGCUUAUACACAUCGUGUUAUUUGCGUUCCUGAUUUUCUAAUAUAUCAAUAUUUAGGCAUCCUAACUAGGGCAAUGGAUCUCGAGGACAAUGCUAUGGGUCUAACCCACGAACAAACUGAUAAAAUACUUCAAUUUCAAGAUUUAACGGGAAUAGAAGAUAUGUCGAUAUGCAGAGACGUUUUACAAAGGCAUCAGUGGGAUUUGGAGGUGGCGAUUCAAGAACAGUUGAAUAUCCGGGAGGGUCGGCCGUCGGUAUUCGCGACAGAAGCUCGUGCCCCUCCAGUUGUACACGACCACAUAGCACAGCAAGUGUUCACAGAUGAGGCUCCGGAAGGCCCCGGCGGCGUGCGCGGCUUAUUCCAAUAUGUGGUCAAUCUUGUAGUCUCUGUGUGUUACAGUACAAUUACAUCUGUUUUAAAUUUACUGCUUAGUUUUGUACGAAAUGAUGACAGAAGAUUGGUGACUGACCCUCUUGGGGAUGUGAUGGACUUUAUUCACAGCUACACAUCGCGGUUCAACCCACACCCAGUGUUUUACCAGGGCACAUAUGCACAGGCCCUGAAUGAUGCUAAGAAUGAGCUGCGUUUCCUGAUUGUGUAUUUACACUCAGAAUCUGCAACUGAGACACAGAACUUCUGCAGGACUACCCUAGCAGAUCAAGAUGUGAUCCAAUACAUCAACACGCACGCCCUGUUCUGGGGCUGCUCGGUGGAGAGCGCGGAGGGCUGGCGCGUGGCGCAGUCGGUGGGCGGGCGGCGCUACCCGCUGCUGUGCGUGGUGUGCGUGCGCGAGCACCGCAUGACCGUGGUGGCGCGCUCCGAGGGCUCGUGCUCGGCGCAGCAGCUGCUGCAGCGUCUGCGCCGCGUCGUCGCUGAUAAUGAACCUCAUCUCGCUGCCGCUCGAGCUGACAGAGUGGAGCGCGAGGUGACGGCGCGUCUGCGCGCGGCGCAGGACGAGGCGUACGCGGAGUCGCUGGCCGCCGACCAGGAGAAGGAGCGGCGCCGCGCCGCAGACCGCGCCGCGCAGGAGCUGCGCGACCACGAGGACGCGCAGCGCCGCCAGCAGGAGGAGCGCCACAAGCAGGAUUUUAUCCGUCAGCUGGUGGAGGCCCGCGCGGCCAUGGCGGCGCGCCUGCCGCCCGAGCCCGCGCCCGGCAGCGGGACCGUCGUGCUGCUCAUCCGCCUGCCCGGCGGCGAGAGGCUCACCAGGAGGUUCACGCUCACACACACCACGCAGGAUCUCUACGACUUCGUGUUCAGUCACCCGCAGUCUCCAGAGGAAUUUGAAAUCACUACCAAUUUCCCGAAGCGCGUGCUAGCGCGGGGCACGUCCAACCUGCUCGAUGUCGGACUCAAAGACCGAGAUGUGCUGUUUGUCAACGACACUAACGCAUAAAAUGUUCUAGUGUUACCUAUAGGUUAUUCCGAUUUUAAUGGACUUACCACAGAGUAGUUAACAAAUGGAGUGACAGCGAUUAGCAAGCGGUGUAAAAUCUUUUCUGAGAACCUAAAUUGAAAAGUUUUUUGUUCUGUUACUCAGACUUUACCGUUGAAUUAGGUUUGAGAAAGAAAUUGGAAUUGUGGAUUAAUUACGAAUAUUUAAUUGCUCCGAUAAAAUACAGCAAACAGGAAAGUGCUCCAUUUAUUACCUAAUCUGUGGUUGAUACGUUAUUGUAAUUAUCAAUGAUGAGUCGACUGAUCGAUAUUGGAACAAGAACAACAACGAAAAAGAUACACUACGUCAUCAAUUUUAAAACCCACUGAAUAAAUUCCCAUGACCAGUUAAUCUCUUGUAUUCAUGACAACAAAUAGCAUCUUUAAAUAAUUGCCAUUAAUGAAAUGCAAUUCGGACACUAUAUUUUUAAAAAGGACCUUUUAUCCCGCAUUAUUUAGUCGCCGAGCCGGCUUUCAGACACACGAAAUCAGCCAAUGGCACGAAUAAAUAGUUUGUCGUAUUAGAAGCGACAGCAAAAAAGUUCUCAUUACUUUAUUAAAUAGCCUGAUUUUGCGGUAAAGUUUUCGGGGCCCAAGUAUUGAUGUGGCCACUGAUGUUUUGAGUCCUAAGGGAUUCUUGGUGAUGCCAUUGCAAUAAAUUACAAUAUGAAAAGCCCAAAUUUUGAUUGCAAAUUUGAAUACCCAUUGGAUUAAUCUACAUCGAAUGCCCAUCGCGCGUAAAUUUUAAUUCCAUUCUAACACUGAGGGCGCCGGUCGUUCUGUCUCUUUGACUCAAACAAACAAACAUCAUUUUGAAGUGAAUUGACAUCACAAAUGUGAGACUCGCUAUUGUGAUGUGACCUUAAAUGUUAAAGACCGUUCAUAAGCGUUGUGGGUAACUACAGGUGAUUGGUGAUUCAAGUCAAUGAUAAUAUAAGUACCGAAGAGGUUACAUUGAUAUCGAGAUUAGGACACCCUACACAGGGUAUCACUAAUUUUGUACUUAAAUAUAAAGGUAGUGCAUAUUAUUAAGACCCCUUUCAUACUUCUGUUGCGAUAUUGCUAUUUGUGGUCGCUGGACGAUUGCGAAUUACUUUUGUUGACAAUCCUCCGCACGUAACAUAGAACUCAAUGCUUGUUUAUUGCGGAAAACUAACAUAAUAAUAAUAAAGUCAAGUAGGUAUUGUUAUCAAACAGUCAUAGUGCAAAAUCCGAUGUAUUCAUCCUUCAAGCUUCUUAACACUCCAAUAAUAUAAUUUUAAAUAUUCUGAAAUAGUUCAUAACUGUUCACAACACCAUAUAAGUGUUAGCCAAAAUUGUGCAUUGUAAUGAAUCUUAUAGUUGGUUAAGUUACUAUUGUAAUAAUAGUUCAUAGCACUUCGAUGUCGUUCACUUUGGGAUAUUCGAAUACGAUUGACACGAAUGAUUGAUGUUAUACAGAUUAACGACAUCUAAAAAUUCUACAAUGCUCCGAUUUUGUAAGGGCUAAGACCUCCCUCCAUUGUGAUAUUGGAGUGUCGACUCGUAUGUAAAUGCUAAAAAAAUAUUAUGUGGGACUGGCAUUAAGACAUAAUAUUCGUAGAAACAUACGUGAAUUUAUCGCAUAUCACAUUUUGAUUUUAUACUCCUUAAUUACUCAGUUAUACUCUGAAUUAUUGCUUUUAUUUUUUUAAAGAUAAGUAAGAACGAUUCUUACGCUGAUAAAGACAAAGGUUUUGUGUCCACUAUGUUACCUAGGUUUACACACGGGGAAUUUGUUUGAGUCAAGGAAAAAUCUUGCGGUUUGAGUGCCCUCGACUUGGCAUGUUUGGUGAAAGUUCCAUUCUAGAUUUAAUCAGUUAUAAAUGCUGUGGUCGGUCAUACCUGUGAUAAAUAUAAGGCUACUUUCAUGCCACACUAUUAUUUUAACAUGUAUUUGGAGAGCGAGUCUUCUAUGACACCAAGUUAAGAUUUGAACAAAUUUUCCGUCGUGUAGACAAAGCCAUUUAAAAUUAGUUUUGUUCUUGUUGUAUAAGACAACGAGCAAUUUACAAAUCAUUUAAAUGUGAGUUCUUUAUCCAUUUUUAACACAUGAUUCGUAAUUGACAAGUAAGUGAAGUUAAGAUUGCUUCAAAUAGUUUAUGUAUGAAGGAAUUAAAAACCAGGAGUGUAAAAUUUUGUAUUAAGAUCUAUUUAAGACUGAAAAGAAUUGGUGAAUAAAGUCAAGGUUGUAAGGAAACAUUGAAAAUUUUUGGCAGAGUUGAGGUAAAACAGAGGCUAAAUAUUAUGUUGAAAUACAAAUGUUUUCGAGUUUUAUGAUUAUCCCAUUGAAAGCCAAAAUUUUAGGAACAAAACUAAUUUUAAUUAGGUAAGUAUGUAAAUUAUAAUUAGUAAGUUAUGAUCGAUAUUUUAUAAGGUAGCAUUAAAUAGAUCAAGGUACAUAAUGUUAUUUUUUCUUGUAGUUUUGGUUUCAUGUCGCUUGCUACUUGUUUCCUUUGUUUUUUUUUUAUUGUGUAGGUUCUUAAAAAGUGAGUUUUCCUAUCUGAAGCGUUCCAUUACUGUAAAUUAAUUAUGAUUUUUGUUGAUUGUACCAGAUGGUAUUUGAUAAUGGAACUUUGAUUGUGCGUAAGGUGCAGCACAUUCGGUCAAAGGUUAUGUGCAUUUAUUUCAGAAGCGAAUUGUGUAUUAUAUUGUUUUGUUGUAUUAUAGUCAUGUUUCUUCCUAAAUAAAUGUUUUUAUUUUA